GCAUCGAAUAUCUAUCAGUCAUCCGUGAAGGAAGACAUAAGGAAUACAGUUGCACCUUUUUCUUCUCAAUCACAAUGACACAUUUUGCGCUUCCGCUGUGCGUCCUGGGACUCAUUGCGUUCUCAUCGGCUUGCUACAUUCAGAACUGUCCUAGAGGCGGGAAACGCGCUCUGCAGGACCCUAGCAUCCGGCAGUGCAUGACUUGUGGGCCAGGGGAGCAGGGCCACUGCUUUGGCCCCAGUAUCUGCUGUGUGGAGGGGCUGGGCUGCUGGAUGGGCACCCCAGAAACAGCUCACUGCUUGGAGGAAAACUACCUGAACACCCCCUGCCAAGUAGGAGGGAGACCCUGUGGAUCUGAAGCAGGACGCUGUGCUACACCAGGAUUUUGCUGUGACUCAGAGAGCUGUGUUGUAGACCAAGACUGUUUGGGGGAGAGUUCGUACCACUCUCCUUCUCCUGCGGAUCAAAGCAUCGCAGCCACAAAGAACUCACCAGGGGAACUGCUACUGCGUCUGCUGCACUUUGCCACCAGGAGGCAAAGUGAAUACUAACAUUCUCACUACAGGGACUUGCUUACAUUCCUGUCUAACUCCAAACCCUUACUAGCCUUUGGCACUUCUAGAUAGGCAAAGUGUGGAUAGGUAAUCAACAAUAUGGUCAUUAUUCCACGUAACCGUCUGAUGCCGUUUUUCGCCGUACUGCUCUAUCAAAUCCUUUCAGAAACACACAUAGUGGGCCAGGGGUUGAUUUGGGAUUGUAGGAACAAGGUUCAAUCACAAACAAAAAUAACUACACACUCAAAAUUUGGUAUGAUUUAUGAAUUGACAAAGAAGUUGUUUUUGAGAAUAUCUAGAUACAUUAGAAUACAUCCUCUAUGUAAUUAUUCAAUUCAACAACGUUUAAUCGAUCAGUCCUAAGCUAUGGAACUGUACACCACCAGAGAAAUGUAUAAAUAUAGUACCAGUAAAAAGUUUGGACACACUCAUUGAAGAGAAUGGGUAAAUGCAUCCAAAUCUUUGACUGUUACUGCAUGUAGGAUGUAAAUGUAUUGCACACAAAUAUGUUCAACAAUCAAUUAUAGGCUAACUAAAAACAAUGUUAAAACAACUAUAUCAAUGCAAUCUGUAACAGGGGUUACUUCUACACCAACAUUUACUGAGAUUCCCGUAUUUUCCUUUGUUGUAUAAUCAAAAUAAAUAAACAAAAAAUGAACUGCCAACAAAACAUCUGUACUUUUCUU